CGAGUCAGGUGACGGGAGACAAGAUGGCUGCCUUCCCCUGGCAUGCUAGAUCAAGAAACUACGUACGUGAAUUGGAAUCAUGCAGGCUGGAAAGUGUGUCUGUGGAUUUUGGAGACUACCAUCCACUCAAACCCAUUACAGUAAUGGAAUCAAAGACAAAGAAAUUAGGCCGCAAAGGAAGCACUUCCUCUACUUCCUCCUCCUCUUCCAGUUCAAUGAUGGAUCCCCUGAGCAGUGUGUUGGACGGCACUGAUCCUUUGUCAUUGUUUGCUGCAACUGCAGAUCCCCUGCUGACUGCAACUACGGAUAGUGCCAGAAAGAAACGGGAUAAAGAUGAUUCCUCGGCUGUUGGCAGUGACUUUGAGCCUUGGUCGAGCAAACGGGCUGACAUCCUUGCUCGGUACACAACAAACGAAAAGCUUUCCAUUAACUUGUGUAUGGGAUCUGAAAAAGGAAAAGCAACAACUCCUGGAUCAGCAGUUUCUGAGAAGGUGCGGACAAGGCUGGAAGAGCUGGAUGAUCUCGAAGAGGGGUCACAAAAGGAGCUGUUAAACUUGACUCAGCAAGAUUAUACAAACCGGAUUGAAGAACUCAAUCAAUCUUUGAAGGAUGCUUGGGCCUCGGAUCAAAAAGUGAAAGCUCUAAAGAUAGUCAUACAGUGUUCUAAACUUCUUUCAGACACAACAGUGAUUCAGUUUUAUCCAAGCAAAUUCGUCUUAAUAACAGACAUACUUGACACAUUUGGAAAGCUGGUGUAUGAAAGAAUCUUCUCCAUGUGCACAGAUAAUCGCAGCUCCUUACCAGAUAAUUUUACUCCUGAAAGUGUGGUUGAUACUGCCAAAGAAACCUGUUUAAACUGGUUCUUCAAGAUUGCUUCCAUUCGAGAGCUCAUUCCCAGAUUUUAUGUGGAAGCAGCAAUACUGAAGUGCAACAAAUUUCUUUCCAAAACAGGAAUUUCUGAAUGUCUCCCACGGCUGACCUCCAUGAUCCGAGGAAUAGGAGAUCCUUUGGUUGCUGUCUAUGCUAGGGCUUAUCUCUGCAGAGUUGGGAUGGAAGUAGCUCCUCAUCUGAAAGAGAACCUCAACAAGAACUUUUUUGACUUCCUCCUGACUUUUAAGCAAAUUCAUGGAGAUACAGUUCAGAAUCAGUUGGUGGUGCAGUGUGUAGAGAUCCCAUCAUAUCUAACCCUUUAUUCUCCUGCAAUAGAUUGGAUUCUACAGUGCAUCUCUUAUCGGGCUGCAGAGGUUUUGCUGACGGAAAUGAUGGAAAGGUGUAAGAAGCUAGGCAACAACGCCUUGCUGUUGAAUUCAGUCAUGUCCGCCUUCAGAGCCGAAUUUAUUGCUGCCAGGUCUAUGGAUUUUAUUGGCAUGAUUAAGGAGUGUGACGAAUCUGGCUUCCCCAAGCACCUUCUCUUUCGUUCUCUGGGGAGAAACUUGGCCUUAGCUGACCCUCCAGAAGGAGAUCGACUUCAGAUCUUAAAUGAAGCCUGGAAGGUGAUCACAAAGUUAAAGAGCCCACAGGAUUAUAUCAACUGUGCAGAAAUCUGGGUGGAAUACACCUGUAGACACUUCACGAAGCGUGAGGUCAAUACAGUUUUGGCGGAUGUCAUCAAACACAUGACUCCAGAUCGGGCAUUUGAAGAGGCCUACCCCCAGCUCCAGUCAAUAAUUCAGAAGGUUAUCACCUAUUUCCAUGACUUCGCCGUUCUCUUUUCAUUGGAGAAAUUCUUACCAUUCUUGGAUAUGUUCCAGAAAGAGAGUGUGAGAGUGGAGGUUUGUAAGUGCAUCAUGGAAGCUUUUAUUAAGCACCAACUGGAGCCGACCAAGGACCCUGUCAUCCUCAAUGCCCUUCUGCAUGUGUGCAAGACAAUGCACGAUUCUGUGAAUGCGCUGACACUAGAAGACGAAAAACGAAUGCUAGCCUCUUUGAUAAAUGGAUUUUUGAGAAUGGUUUCAUUUGGCCGUGACUUUGAGCAGCAGCUGAGUUUUUAUGUUGAAGCCAGAUCAAUGUUUUGCAAUUUGGAACCUGUUCUCGUCCAGCUGAUUCAUAGUGUGAACCAGCUGGCGAUGGAAACACGAAAAGUGAUGAAAGGGAAUCAUUCCAGAAAAACGGCUGCAUUUGUCAGGGCUUGCGUUGCCUUCUGCUUCAUUACAAUUCCAUCUUUGACAAGCAUAUUUUCUCGUCUCAAUCUUUACCUGCACUCUGGACAGAUUGCUUUGGCAAACCAGUGCCUUUCGCAAGCGGAUGCCUUUUUCAAAGCGGCAAUAAGCCUUGUCCCCGAGGUGCCAAAGACGAUCAACAUAGAUGGGAAGAUGCGGUCCUCCGAAACGUUCCUCCUGGAAUUCCUCUGCAAUUUCUUUUCCACUCUGUUGAUCAUUCCUGACCACCCCGAGCAAGGCGUGUUGUUUCUUGUGCGAGGGCUGCUGAACGUCAUCCAGGACUAUACCUGGGAAGAUAACGGUGAUGAUAAAGUCCGGAUUUAUACGAAUGUCGUGCAUCUUCUCUCAGCAAUGAGUCAGGAAACUUACAUCUACCAUGUAGACAAAGUUGAAUCCAACGAUACCCUGUAUGGUGGAGAUACCAAAUUCCUGGCAGAAACCAACAAGCUGUGUGAAACCUUGAUAGCCCAGAUCCUGGAGCAUCUCAAGAGCCUUGGGAAGGAUGAGACUUUAAAGCGGCAGAGCCAGCUGGCCCUCAACCUCUUCAAUAGCAUCUUGGCCCACGGAGACCUGAGAAACAACAAACUCAACCAGCUCGCUGUUAACCUGUGGAACCUGGCUCAGAGGCACGGCUACGCAGACACAAAAAUCACGGUCAAAACCUUGGAAUACAUCAAGAAGCAAAGCAAACACCCUGAGCUGAGCCAUUUUACCGAUCUUGCUGCACGACUUCCUCUGCAGUCAAGGACCUGACAAAUCAUAGCCUCCUGAACUUGGAUGUACUGGAGGGUCUUUCUCUAAGGUCUAUAAACCCCCCAGGCUGCAUCUUAGGCUAUUAUCGGAGUUCAAUAUCUUUUUUUCAUUUUGUAGAGUCCCUUGGUGCGUGACAGAUUUAUUUGGUCAGAGACAGAAGGAAAAUGUGUCCUGACAGUGCCAUCAUUUUUGAAAUGAGGUUUUGUUUCCCCACUGCACAGCCACUAACCAUUAAAAGGUGAUUUAAAUGCUAACUGGGGGUCGGUGAAACAGUAUCUUACAAUUUCAGACUGGAAAUAACUUUUCUAUCCAAAUCUGAUGGGGCUGUAAAGAAAAAAGGAGAGAUAACUUGUGCUAGCAAUGUUUGAGCAAUGUCUUUUGAGUGCUGCAGCCUUUGAAAGAUGGGCUUGUUACUCAGCAUUCAUCUUGAAUAUACCUCUCAGAACACCUU